AUGUCAGCCUCACCUGGCCGCUCUGGGAGCGCGCGCGCGAGAGAGCGCAGCCAUUGGCCCGAUCAGCGCAGCGCGCGCUGCAUCAUCCUGCAGCGCUCGCACGGGGACUUUGAUGCUAGGUCUCACUGCCCGCGGAAUCGCAGGAUCCAGUUUCAGGCAUCGCACGCUUACAGCGAGCGGCCCAGCAGCAUCGUGCACUCCGUGUAG